AUGAUUACCAGAACCAUACCGCCCUUGGACUCCGAACUUCAAGCUCAAUUUUCACUUAUAAUACAAAACAAGACCUUUGACCAAAGUAAAUCAGAAGUUUCCUGGGAAAAGGACAUUCUUCCAAAACUCCUUACUCGGCUAGAUCAACUUGUAAUCUUAGCCAAGAAUCAACAAGAAUCUGGGGAAGACGAAAACACCGACGAACUUGUCAAAUCAAUUGAAUCAAAUCAUGAAAGAAUAAAGAGUCACAUCAAUGCUUUCUUCCAGCAAAGUCCUCCAUUCACCAUAACUCGAAUCGCAGAAGUGAUCAACGAUCCAGAAAAAGAAGGCUAUUCCAUAGCCAAUAAUGCCAAAUUAGUCAAAUAUUUCAAUUCUUUAAAGAAAUUGGUUCUUGUUUCUUCGUCAAUAGAUGACUUCCCUCAAGUGAAUGUACCUGACAAUGAAAAUGGUGAGAAAACCGAACCUGUAGUUAAAGUUGUGGGUCAAUCUGCUGCUACUAUUCCUUUGAUUGAAAUACCUUGGUUGAGUCAAAAUGAUUCUGAAAAUAAUAAUAAAGUGGAAGAGAAUCUAGAAAUUGAGCCUAAGCUUCAUGACCUGAAUGGAGUUGGCACGAAAGCAGAAGAAGGGGAAGAGCCUGCAUCAGAUCAACCAGCAGAUCUACAUGAAAACACGGGCGAACACGAACCAAAAAAGAGAAAGAAUGGAGAGGCUGUUGAGAAGAAUGAAGAUUCCAAACGGCCCAAACCAGAACUACUGGUAAAAAACGUGUAA